AUGAGCGAAGGGUUCCAGCAAAAGUUUUUUGACCAUGUCGACAAGAACCAAGCCCUCUAUAUUGAACGGCUAGCUGAAGCCGUUGGAAUUCCCUCUAUUUCGUCUGACUUGGAAAACCAUUUGGGCGAUGUCAACCAAAUGAUUGAUUGGACCAAGGCACACAUUGACCGUCUAGGAGGAAAGACGAAUCUCGUGGUGAAUCCACUCAACUCUGACAAGAUAACCUAUCCACCGAUCCUCUUGGGAGAGUUCCACGUGGACCCCAAGAAAAAGACAGUCUGUGUGUAUGGACACUUGGAUGUUCAGCCAGCCGAAAAAGACGACGGAUGGGACACGGAGCCAUUCACUCUUGUAGAGAAAGAUGGAAAGCUCUAUGGUAGAGGAAGUACUGAUGACAAGGGGCCCGCUUUGUCUUGGCUAUGGAUUGUGGAAGCCCACCAAGCGUUGGGUGUCGACUUGCCACUCAACAUCAAAAUCAUGUACGAAGGUAUGGAAGAAUAUGGAUCCGAAGGUCUUUUUGAAACGAUUCGGGAUGAAGGCAAGCCGGGACAGUUUUUGGAUGAUGUCGAUUUCUUUUGCAUUAGCGACAACUACUGGGUGGGCAAAACAAAGCCAUGCUUGACAUAUGGACUGCGAGGAUUGGCCUACUUCCAAGUUGGUGUCAAAGGAUGUGAACAAGACCUUCAUUCUGGUAAUCAUGGUGGCGGUAUUCACGAAGCAAUGACAGAUUUGGUGCGCUUGAUGGCCACUCUAGUCGAUACCAAUGGAAAGAUUCUGGUGGACGGUGUUAUGGAUUCCGUCAAGCCAUUGACUCCAGAAGAAGAGGCCCUCUACGAGAGUAUUGAUUUUAAUGUCGAAAGCUACAAGGAAGAAAACGGUGUCAAGAAUGUCAGUGACAAACUCUUGUACGAUAACAAGAAGGACCUACUUAUGCAUCGUUGGAGGUAUCCAACACUAUCCAUCCACGGAAUCGAGGGCGCAUUCAGCGGCAAGGGUGCCAAAACUGUCAUUCCUGCUGGAGUCAAGGGCAAGUUUUCGCUUCGACUGGUUCCCGAUCAAGAUCCAAAGCAAAUUGAAAAGUGUGUGAAGGCACAUUUGGAAACCGAGUUUGCCAAGCUCCAAUCUCCCAACAAGCUAGAAAUUGAAUUGAUUCAUGGGGCUGUGGCUUGGUUGUCGGACCCGAAGCAUCCCAACUACCAAGCAGCUGCAAGAGCGGUUGAGAAGGUGUAUGGGUGUGAACCUGACUACACGCGUGAAGGUGGUAGCAUUCCCAUCACCUCUGCGAUUGAAGAGGCUACUGGAAUGAACGUUCUGUUGCUUCCCAUUGGGGCUUGCGAUGACAUGGCACACAGUCAAAAUGAAAAGUACAAUAUUUCCAACAUGAUGAAUGGUAUCAAAGUGCUUGGUGUCUAUCUCCAUGAACUAGGAAAGAUCCAAGGUCCGAAACCAUCGGAUUGCAAAUGCAUUCCGCUGACGCAAGAAGAGCUUAUGGUUCCAGGAGCCUUCCUCCGAGGAUUCAAAUGCAAGUGUGAGAUGUAG